GACAGUUAAGUCCCAGUCCCGUGACAAUCAUGUGACAUUCCCUAGAGAGUUAUGUCAUUUCAAAUCCCCGUAACAUGUCUCUCGUGAGAAGUCUUGUUGCGUUUGCGUUCGCAUUUUUCGUGGCAGUGAGUCCACUGGAGGCAAAAAAGCGAAAAUCAUCUCCUCCGCACAUUUUGUUUAUGCUUGCUGAUGAUCUCGGGUGGAUCGACGUUGGAUUUCAUGGAUCAAAAAUCAACACUCCAACCAUUGACUCGUUGGCCAAAGAAGGUGUCAUACUCGACAAUUAUUAUGUUCAACCUGUUUGUACACCAGCCAGAGGAGCACUUAUGACUGGAAGAUACCCCAUUCACACAGGACUUCAGCAUGAAGUGGUUCACCCCACAAAUCCAUUUGGAUUGCCAUUAGAUUUUCAGACCCUUCCAGAACAGCUAAAGAAAGUUGGUUACGCGACUCAUUUGGUUGGCAAGUGGCAUCUUGGUUUCUACAAAUGGCCUUAUGUUCCAACCAACCGUGGUUUUGACUCCGCUUAUGGAUUCUGGGAUGGUGCUGAAGAUCAUUAUGAUCACACGCGUGACAAAGUGGUUGAUUUUCGCAACGGAACCGAACCUGUUUUAGACCUGAACGGAAAAUAUGCAACAUUCGAAUAUGUCAAGAGGAUAGAGGAGAUUUUGGAUCAACAUGACCCAAAACAGCCCCUGUUCCUGUACAUGGCCUUCCAGAAUGUUCAUAAUCCCAUCCAGGCACCAGACCAGUAUGUGGACAAAUUCUCGUUUAUUCAUCAAAAGAUGCGCCGAGUGCAUGCUGGAAUGGUCGCUGUACUGGACGAAGCUGUUGGCAACAUCACGAAAAUGUUUAAAAAGAAAGGGCUAUGGGAGAACACUUUAACAGUCUUCAGCACUGAUAAUGGUGGAGAACCUACGUUUGGCGGAUAUAACUGGCCUCUUAGAGGAACAAAACAUACUUUAUGGGAGGGAGGAGUGAGAGGUGCUGCUUUUGUCCAUGGAAAAAUGUUAGAAAAGACCGGUGUGAAAUGCGAAGGACUUCUACACAUCAGCGACUUCUUUCCUACUCUCAUCAACCUUGCAGGUGGUUCGUACGAUGCAAAACAUCCUAUCCCCAUUGAUGGCUUUGAUGUGUGGAGCACUUUGUCACGUGGAGAAGCUUCACCUCGAACAGAAAUCUUGCUUAACAUCGAUAAUCCACCAUCUGGGACAAGUAAAAUGUUGGGAGUCAACUGGCAAGGAAUGGCUCUUCGG